CACAGAGGUGACGUAAAAAAAAUCCCCACCGUCGGUUACCGGGAGGAAGAGGGCGAACGUCCUGCACGAGGACAGGUGAAUCACCAUGACGACAGAGCCAGGUGAGCCGGAGGAGUCUUUUCCUGAAGCCGCAGCCCAUUCCACACCUAAACAGGGAGGGGAGGGCGGGUCAUCCCAGAGCCAAGCUCAAGGCUCAUUGGCUGAGGACUCAACGAGUCACCUGUCGUCGAGCAGUCGGAUUGCUCGGUCUCCAGCCAGAAACCCGCUGAGCUUCAGGACGAUGCAGACCAAGGUGACCCUACUGGAUGGGUCACUGUUCACCUGCACUAUGGAGAAACGUGCUCGUGGUUCACAGCUGUUUGAGAAAGUUUGUGAACACAUGAACCUGCUGGAGAGGGACUACUUUGCUUUGUCCUUCAGAGACGCUGACAACAACAAGAACUGGUUGGAUCCAGCGAAGGAGAUGAAGAAGCAGGUCAGAGGAGUUCCCUGGAACUUCUCCUUUAACAUCAAGUUUUACCCUCCUGACCCCGCCCAGCUCUCUGAGGACAUCACCAGGUACUUCCUGUGUCUCCAGCUCAGACAGGAUAUAGUUUCUGGUCGUCUUCCAUGUUCGUUUGCGACUCACACCGUCCUCGGCUCCUACACCAUCCAAUCAGAGCUUGGAGACUACGAUCCUGAGGAGUGUGGGUCCGACUACAUCAGUGAACUGUGCUUUGCCCCAAAUCAAACAAAGGAAAUGGAGGAGAAAAUCAUGGAGCUGCACCGAACAUACAGAGGAAUGACACCAGCUGAGGCCGAGAUGCACUUCCUGGACAAUGUAAAGAAACUUUCCAUGUAUGGAGUUGACCUUCAUCACGCUAAGAUGGUAGGAAGUCGCUUUGACUGCUUGUCUUCAGCUAAGUCAGAGGACUCUGAGGGUGUGGCCAUCAUGCUGGGCGUGUGCAGUAGCGGUCUGCUGGUCUACAGAGACAGACUGAGGAUCAACAGAUUCUCGUGGCCAAAGAUCCUGAAGAUCUCCUACAAGAGGAACAACUUCUACAUCAAGAUCCGACCUGGGGAGUUUGACCAGUUUGAGUCAACCAUUGGUUUCAAGCUGCUGAACCACAGAGCAGCUAAGAGGCUGUGGAAAGUGUGCGUGGAGCAUCACUCCUUCUUCAGGCUGAUGUCUCCAGAAGAGACCCCAAAGAAGUUUCUAACGCUGGGUUCAAAGUUUCGUUACAGCGGUCGGACUCAGAUUCAGACUCGCAGAGCCAGCGCUCAGAUCUCAAGACCUGCACCACAUUUCCCACGAUGCAUCAGCAAGAGGAACAUUCUGAGCCGCAGCCUGGAUGGAGCUCCUGGGACCACACCCUCGUCCUCUCUGAUUGGCUCUCCAGCCAUCACCAAGUCCCCCAGAGCCAACGGUGGUGCAUAUACAGAUAUGGGUACAGGACUGUAUGCAGCAUCUAAAGCCAUUGCUGUCAGUGACCUCAUCAACACAGUAACACCCGAGAGGACGGUGGAGGAGAGGAGGGCGGAGCAAGUUGAGGAGGUGCUGAUGGUGGAGGAGGACCUGCAGGAGAGGAUGGAGGAGGAAAAAGAGGAGGAACAGCAGGAGGAGGAGGAGGAGGAGGUGGAGACAAAAGUGACAGAGAUUUCACAGCAGAGUCCUCCAACUCCUCAGAAACAGGACACCAAGGUAACACCUUCUGAUCAAGACGAGGACUUGAGGACUCAGGAGAUGCUGGGGAGUCCGGAGGAGGAGCAGAAACCUCAGAGCACCAUCAGUGCUCUCAGACGCUCCUUCUUAGAGGGAGGAGGAGGAGCAGAAGGAGGAGGAGGAGCGAUGACAGAGUGGGAGAAACGUCUCGCCUCGUCACCUCUGCGACGAUUUGACGACUCCCCGAUGAUCGAACCGCUGGAACCAGAAGAGGCCUUCCCAUUGGACGAGAGCUCAGCAGUGGAGGGGGGGGUCAUGAUAAACCAAGCUCCUCCUCAGCCAAUCAGAGAGAGGAGCUACACAGUGGGGCAGAGCUACGACACGGCCUCGGGAAGAGUCGUCACCAUGACUGUGACGGACGACAGCCCAGACGUCACCAUGACAACAACUAAUACUGAGAUGGGCAAGCAGGUCAGAAUCAUACCACUGUCCACCGCUGAUGAUGUCAUCACAGGGGGACCGCUGAUCACGAUUCGUGAGGUGAAGACACCGACCUCGCCAGUGGAGCUGCUAACCGGCAUCGCUGACAUCGGCAGUGAUGUCAUCAGUGGGGGUGGUUCCAGAGGAGGCGGAGCCAGGACUCUGGACUUCCGUGGGGGCGGGGCCUCUGUGAUCUCACCUUUGAGCCCCCUCCACAUCCCUUCCCUUAAACCCCCUCUGGAUGAACUGAGUCUAAGCCCCGCCCUCUCACCAAGUCACCUGACAGGCAGAACAUCACCCUCCAUGGCAAGAGUGCCCAAACCCACAUUUGAUGAAAUGUCUCCUGAGCUGACGGCUCUGCUGAAGUCAGCCAGAGAACAAAAAACCUUCAGAGAGCACAACCUGCUCAAGACAUCAGAGAAGGUGGAGACGGUGUUUCUGAUGACAGAGCCAUGUGACCAAGACCUGCCAAUGGGGGACCAGCCUCAGGAGGUCCCUGUGAUGAGGAAGACUCUGACAUAUGAAGCUCCGGGGAGCCGAGCGGAUUCUGAUCCUCCUGCUGGUCUGCUGCUGAGCUCCCAGACCUUCACCGCUGAGACCGCCAACACCACCACCACCACACACAUCACCAAGACGGUCAAAGGUGGGAUUUCAGAGACCAGGAUCGAAAAGAGAAUUGUGAUUUCUGGAGACACAGAAAUUGACCAUGACCAGGCUCUGGCGGCGGCACUCAGCGAGGCCCGACGGCAGCAUCCUGAGCUGUCGGUCACACGAGUUGUCGUCCAUAAAGAAACAGAGGUGUCUCCUGAUCAUGUUAUUGAUUAGUGACAUCACAGGACUGAAUCUAGAACCUCUGCUGCAUUAUGGGAGUUGUAGUCCAGACAACAGAACCAACUGUAGACACCCAUUGGACAUUAAUGGACCUAAGGACACACACACACACACACACACACACACACGUACACGUACACACAAACACACACACACACACACA